AUGGAUAAAGGAAAGAGACCGACCGAGGAAGGAAUUAAUACCCAAGAGGAACCUUGGAGAGCUUUAGUUAAUGCCCCAGCCUGGGCAGAGAUAGAGGCUCUAGGAAUUUGGGACCGAAAAGAGGGGGAAAGCGAUUUGGACUACACCCAACGAGUGGAAAUGUUUUACAAGAGAUCUAAACAAGUGUAUGAAGGGAUAAUGGAUGAAAAGAUGGCUGAACUGAAGGAGAGGAGUGAACAGUUUCACCGAGAUCUUAACAGAAGGGUUAGAGCAAUGGAGACUGUGGGUCGGGAUAGAUUUGACGUUCCAGAGUCUAGUGGGGCAAGAGCUAAUGUUGUUGAGGAGGUUGUUCCCGUAGUAGACCCAAACUCAGUGUUACUAAUAAACUUUGAUGAGUUGGAUUUCGAGGAGGAUCCCGAGGAGGAUCCAGAAGAGGACCUGGAGGAGGACCCCGGUGAGGACCCAGAAGAAGAAUCUGAGGAGGAUUUUGGGGAAAGUUUCGAUGAGGAACAAGGGGAAAAUAUGAAGGAAGAUUCCUUAGGAGUGGUAGAAGAACCCUAUGAAGAUAACGUAGGGGAUGGUUAUAAUGUUGAUGUGGAGAGGGGAAUAGCUGAUAGACAUGAUGUUAUGAGCGAUAGUGAUACCGAAAUAGUUAUUCUAGGGGAUUGGCCGGUGAGGCGAGAAGAUCCUAUGAGUGAGGAGGAAAGUGAAAUCAUUAUGUGGGAGGAAAGACCACCUGAACCAGUAAUUGUAGAACUUUCUGAUUCCGUAGGGCGACUUGCUAUGAGUGAUUCCUUAUCUGUAGGAACCCCUUCUGAUUCUGAUAGCACGUCUAGCGAUGACUCUAGUAAUGCUGAUUUUGAACCUGAUCGAUACAUGGAAGAUCAGGACCGUCUGGAUGCAUCACUUUUAUUUCCCUGA